CACAGUCGGACCCCUUUCUUCCUUCAGCUGAUGUUAGAUCGACUCACUCGACAUCAGACAGUCAAAGAAUUUCAUAGCGGGUCGCCGCGUGAUUACAUAUUCAAAACUGGACUUGUGGAUAGCUUGUUUGUUUCGUCACCUCGUCACGCAGCAGGGAGACGCCUUUGAACGCGAUGCCUGAGAUAGCGGAAGUCGCGCGUAUUGUACAUUACCUGAAGAAACAUGCCGUUGGAAAAGUCGUCAAGGCAGUCAAGACCCAAGAAGAUGAGAUAAUAUAUGGCAAGGUCGGCACUUCAGCAUCUGCUUUCCAAAAGGCCAUGACCGGAAAGAAGAUCCUUGACGCCAAACAGCAAGGGAAAUACUUCUGGCUCGAGAUGGACAGUCCCCCUCAUCCAUUGAUGCACUUCGGCAUGACCGGUUGGAUGAAGUUCUCCAAUGACCAUACGGCAUACUACAGACCCACAAAGGAGGAGGACAAUGAAUGGCCACCAAAGUUUUGGAAGUUCAUAUUGCAGCUCAAAGACGAUAGCUGUGAAGUUGCGUUUGUCGAUCCGAGGAGGCUAGGAAGAAUACGUUUAGUAGACGUGAAGGCGGAGGACAUGCGAAAAACAACACCUCUGAAGGAGAACGGUCCAGAUCCUGUUAUUGAUGAGGAUAUCCUGACGGUGGAGUGGUUAAAAAAGAAACUCCGCAGCAAGAAGGUGCCAAUUAAAGCCCUCUUACUUGACCAAGCAAACAUCUCGGGUAUCGGCAAUUGGGUCGGGGACGAAAUAUUAUAUCAUGCACGGCUCCAUCCUGAGCAAUAUAGCAACACUUUCAGUGACGAACAGAUCAAGCAGCUACAUGACUCCAUGCUGUACGUCUGUAAGACCGCCGUCGAAACACUUGGAGACUCGGAUGCAUUCCCAGAGGACUGGCUGAUGAAACACCGCUGGGAUAAGGGCAAGAAGAAUGGAGGCAAGCUGCCAAACGGUGCAAAGAUCACCUUUCUCAAAGUAGGCGGUAGGAUGUCAGCCAUCGUUCCUAGUGUGCAAAAGAAAACCGGGGCCGUGGCUGGAGACGUCUCCGAAGAUACGAACGGUGUAGAAGAGUCCGAAGAUGGCGUUCAACCCAAGCGUGGAAGGAAGCGUAAGGGAAAAGUGGACAAGGAGGACGAACGGGUUGUUACAGACGACGACGCGAAGACUGCGCCUCCAGCUACCACUAAGCGGGCACGAAGGAAGGUAGAGGAGGCGGAUAUCAAGAACGAGGGAAAUGAGGAUACCGCGGAUCGUAAAAAGCCCAAAUCAGCAGGCAUCGGCGCUAAAGCCAUGGGGGGAAGUCCUGGAGAAGGUCUGAAAGAAUCAGAAGUACCCGGUAGGCGGAGAUCCGGACGCCUCAGAGGUGCAUAACCUUGGAGGGCAUCUCCUCUCCCGUUGAUACGAUAUCCGCCACGUCUCUUGUCCCGCCUUUGGAUGGGCCCUAUGCAAAGGGAAUUCUGCAUGCAUAUGCUUUUAUAGGACGGUUCUGUCUCACUGCUGUUAAAAAUUGUGUGACUAUAAGUAAUGGGGAAGAUGGAAUAUGAACUGAAGUGUCUGUGCCCCGCGAACUGAAUUCAAAAUGUUCUACGAGGGGCUAUCCACAAGGUACGUUCACGGGUAGGAUGGAAAAGAAUUUAUAAGAAUGAGAGAUCUGGAUAAAAUAAAUGCCGUUAAUACCC